CCGAAUGCUUCCAGAUUCAGUCCUAGGACUCUUACAGCUAAUUUCUACCCAAGAGAUUCGUUUACUUUCCAGCAUAGGAAAUGUUGCCAAGAAAACCGUGUGAGAGGUCAUGGCUAGCCAUAAUGAGGUACAGAUACCAGGUGAAGACAAAGACAUCAUUAAUCUCCUAGUUCACUCAGUAGGAAAAAUGCAAGAUGAUGAAAUUGAGGUGCAGCUAAUGACCUUCGUUGUUGGCGGGUACGAGUCGUCGAGCACUAGCCUAUCCUGGUUGUUAUACAAACUUGCUGUACAUCCUGAACAUCAGUCCAUAAUUCAUGCAGAGCUCAAACAGUCAAACGACUAUGACUCGAUGCCAUUCUUGAAUGCAAUCAUCAAAGGGAUACUUAUUCAGAUGACCAUCAUGCACGGACACAUCGUGUUGAUCACAUCUUUAUCAUAUAAUCAUCCCGGACACUUAUAUAGCUUGUACCUUCCUUUCUUACUCCUCAGUCAUUUCCACAUUGCCCGUGGACUGAGGAGUUCUGACAUUCGUGUUAUCGGUAUAGGUGCUUAG